ACUUAUGCACGAUUUCCUAUUUUCACGGAAUAUUUAAUGCGAGUGGAUGAUGAGCAAACUAACAGACGUGGUUGACCUAGAGUCAUGUCGUCAUCGGUGAUCAUCGACUGCCAAGCAAGAGCCUCAACUGCAACUCAGUCAGUUAGGUAUAAGUCAACAAGUGUGACGGUAGGCCUCAAGAGCUGACGGCGUUCGUGAUCCUGGUUAUCCUACGUUCUCUCUAUUGGUAGCUCUCUACUUUCAGAUUCCCUCUAUACAGCUGUUUCGGUCAGAUAACACACACAUUUCAACAUGACCGACAAGCCUCAGUUCAAACAGGGCCACGAGAUUCCUGUCUCGGGCCAGCAGUUCCCGGGCAAGGAAUACAAGAUGCCCUAUCCCAAACCACUAUUCGAACAGGUCCCGACGGACAGGGGUGGUGCGCAGGAGUACAAGGCGGCAGGAAAGCUCAAGGGCAAGAACGCAAUCAUCACUGGUGGAGACUCGGGUAUCGGGCGGGCGACUGCGUUUCUGUUUGCGCGGGAAGGAGCCGACGUGUUCAUCGCCUAUCUGCCGGAGGAGGAGAAGGACGCUCGGGACACGAAGAAACGGGUGGAGGAGAUUGGCCAGACAUGCCACUUGCAUCCCACUGACCUCAGAGACCGCAAUAACUGCAAGAAGGUCGUUGACGAGGCCGUCAAGGUGUUCGGAGGCCAGAUCGACAUCCUCUUCAAUAAUGCCGCCGUCCAGAUGAUGGUUGAGGAUGUCAAGGACCUGUCCGAGGAUCAAUGGGUAGACACGUUCAACGCCAACAUCCAUCCCUUCUUCUACCUCUCCAAGUAUGUCCUGCCGCACAUGAAGGGCGGAAGCACCAUCAUCAACAACGCCAGCAUCAACGCCUACAUCGGCCGGCCGGACCUGCUGGACUACACGUCGACCAAGGGCGCCAUCGUCGCCUUCACGCGCGGCCUCAGUAACCAGCAGCUCAGCAAGGGCAUCAGGGUCAACGCCGUCGCUCCCGGGCCGGUGUGGACGCCGCUGAUCCCCUCGACAAUGACCGAGGAAAAGCAGAAGCAGUUCACCAGCCCCAUGGGCCGGCCGAUCCAGCCGAGCGAGGUGGCGACCUGCGUGGUCUUCCUGGCCUCGGCGGACAGCUCGUGCGUGAGCGGGCAGACCAUCCAUUGCAACGGAGGCACGGUUGUCAAUGGAUAG